AUGGAUUUCAAGGGCAAGGUGGCUUUAGUCACUGGAGGAGCUUCCGGGAUCGGCAGGGCUUACUGUGAAGAAUUGUUGAAGCAUGGUGCUAAGGUAUCAAUUUGCGAUCUGGAUCUGGAUGCAGGUGACGAACUCGUCGAACAAUUGAAAGAAAUUUACGGUCAAGAAUCUGCUAUAUUUUGUCAAUGCGAUGUCACCGAUUAUCCACAAUUCGAAGAAUCAUUUCAAAUGACAAUUUCAACCUUUGGACAUUUAGACAUUGUCAUUAACAAUGCAGGAAUUAUGAAUGAUAGGUUUUGGGAGCUUCAAGUCGAUGUUAACUUGAAUGGUGUUAUUCGUGGUACUCUACUCGCAUUACGAUUUUUGGGGAAGGACCAAGGUUACCAGGGUGGAAUUUUGGUCAAUACCGCCUCAUCAGCUUAUUUUAGACCUCAAGUUUCAACCCCAAUUUAUACUGCUACUCAGCAUGCUGUUGUUGGAUUAAGUCGAUCAUAUGGGUUUAACAGCACUAUUAGCUGCAUAUCAUGUAGAAGAACAGGAGUUCGAGUGAUAGCCCUGUGUCCAGGAUGGACUUCGACCGCUCUGGUAGGUGAUAUUAAGAACAACUGA